AUGUGCCGUCGCGACGGUCGCGAUUGCGACAACGGCUUGGAAGAGACUUUCUGCUCAAUGAGGCUCAAGGAGAACAUUGGCGACCCUUCACGCGCCGAUAUCUUCACUCCUCAGGCCGGCCGCAUCAGCACCGUCAACAGCUUCAACCUCCCUAUUCUCCGCCACCUCCGCCUCAGUGCCGAGAGGGGUGUCCUCUACAAGAAUGGCAUCUACACUCCACACUGGAACUUGAACGCCCACAGCGUCAUCUAUGUCUUGAGAGGCCGAGCAAGGAUUCAGGUGGUGGACCACUUCGGACAGAGCUUCUUCGACGGCGAGGUCAGACAAGGCCAGAUCCUGACAGUGCCUCAGAACCACGCCGUGGUUAAGCAGGCCAGCAGCGAGGGAUUCGAGUGGGUGUCGUUCAAAACAAACGACAACGCAUGGAUCAGCCCUCUCGCCGGACGCACCUCCGUCAUCCGUGCCCUGCCGGAAGCCGUCCUCAUCAACGCCUUCCAGAUCUCGAGAGACCAGGCCCAGAGGCUCAAGUACAACAGG